AUGCUUUUAGUGAGAAAUAGUACAUUAGGACGAUUAUCAUCAUUAAGAGGGUUUUUUAGAAAUAUCAACGAGAGUAAUAUAUUCUACAGAAUGGUUCAUCACAAGGUUACAAUUAUUGGGUCCGGCCCAGCUGCCCACACUGCUGCCAUUUACUUGGCUAGAGCAGAGAUCAAACCUACUUUGUACGAAGGUUUCAUGGCCAAUGGUAUUGCUGCUGGUGGUCAAUUGACUACCACCACUGAAAUUGAAAAUUUCCCCGGCUUCCCAGAUGGUUUGACUGGUAGUGAAUUGAUGGAUAGAAUGAAGGCUCAAUCUAUCAAGUUCGGUACCGAUGUUAUCACUGAAACUGUUUCAAAGGUUGAUCUUUCUUCUAGACCUUUCAAGUUCUGGACUGAGUUUAACGAGGAUCAAGAACCUGAGACCACAGAUGCCAUUAUCUUGUCUACUGGUGCUUCAGCCAAGCGUUUGCACUUGCCUGGUGAAGAAACUUACUGGCAACAAGGUAUUUCAGCUUGUGCUGUUUGUGAUGGUGCUGUUCCAAUCUUCAGAAACAAGCCAUUGGCUGUUAUCGGUGGUGGUGACUCUGCUUGUGAAGAAGCUCAAUUCUUGACCAAAUAUGGUUCCAAGGUUUACAUGUUGGUCAGAAAGGACCAUCUACGUGCUUCUCAAAUCAUGCAAAGACGUGCUGAACAGAAUGAAAAGAUAGAAAUUCUAUACAACCAUGUCACUUUGGAAGCUAAAGGUGAUGGUAAAUACUUGAACGCUUUAAAGGUAAAAAACGUUAAAACCAACGAAGAAUAUGAUCUACCAGUCAACGGGUUGUUCUACGCCAUUGGUCACACCCCUGCCACUAACAUUGUUGCUGGUCAAGUUGAUCUUGACGAAGCCGGCUAUGUUAAGACCGUGCCAGGUUCCACUUUGACCAAUGUCCCAGGUGUCUUUGCUGCUGGUGAUGUUCAAGACGCCAGAUACAGACAAGCAAUCACAUCUGCUGGUUCCGGUUGUAUGGCUGCUUUGGAUGCUGAAAAGUACAUCACUGAAUUAGAAUAG